CCCAAGAUGGGCAGGCUAGUAGGCGAAGUGAGGCCAUAAAUGUCUGCGGAAGCUCUGAAGAAGCUUUCUUUCGAGAUAGCAGCAUCUGAGGAGGAAUCUGCGGCCCCGAUAGAACAACAAGAUGUGGCAUGCGGUCUGGAGAACUUGCCUGUCAGCUUGUGGCCUUUGGGGGCGGGGCCCAGGCCCAAACCUUUCCAGUAUACUCCUGAUCAUGUAGCUGGGCCUGGAACAGAGAUCGACCCCACAGAAAUAACCUUCCCUGGAUGUGCUUGCAUUGAAACUCCAUGUGUCCCUGGUACUUGCUCCUGUCUUCGCCACGAGAAUAACUACGAUGACAAUUUAUGCCUUAGGGAUGUGGGAUUGGAAGCAAAGUACGCCAGGCCGGUUUUUGAAUGCAAUGUUCUUUGCCAGUGUGGCGAGCACUGCAGAAACAGGGUGGUCCAGAAUGGACUACAAUUCCUUCUCCAGGUGUUCCAGACGGAAAAAAAAGGCUGGGGACUUCGGACCCUGGAAUCUAUACCCAAGGGAAGGUUCGUCUGUGAGUAUGCUGGGGAGGUGUUAGGAGUCUCUGAAGUGCAAAGAAGAAUUCACCUACAAACAACACAUGACCCAAAUUACAUCAUCGCCAUCAGGGAGCACAUUUACAAUGGACAAGUCAUGGAAACAUUUGUCGACCCUACCCAUGUAGGAAAUAUUGGGAGAUUCCUCAAUCAUUCUUGUGAACCAAAUCUGUUGAUGAUUCCCAUCCGAAUUGACUCAAUGGUACCUAAGCUGGCACUUUUUGCAGCCAAAGAUAUUUUGCCAGGAGAAGAACUCUCUUAUGACUAUUCAGGAAGAUUCCUUAAUCAAAUAAGCAGUAAAGACAAAGAAAGGAUAGAUUGUGGACCACCAAGAAAGCCUUGCUACUGUGGUGCCCAGUCAUGCACCACUUUCCUGCCCUAUGACAGUUCACUAUAUGGCCCCUUAGAAAAUCCAGGCACCAGGUAGGAAAGGAAGUCCUACCUGCUGGCCCCUUUGUGGACAGAAAUCAGAGGGAGCCAAGCAUUAAGUGAUUAAAUUCCAUCUGGGUUCAUCUCCUGCAAGCAACCUACUCUCAAGGGAAGGCUACUUCAUAGCCCACAUCUUGCUAAUCCCUGUAAGACAAGCGAUUGCCCAGCCCUGUCUCUGCCAAGUUCCCUAGAUUCAACUCAGCAAUAUGGCCCAGACUGUAGAAUGUCCAACAAUAUAUUCUUUUCCCAGAAUACUUGUAUUUGUACUAAAUGUGAAUAAGUAAAUAUAUUGGAACUAGCAGGAUACAAGUGAGAAAAGAUGACAAGUAUUUCUUCUUGGAAACCAGAAAUCAUACUUGAUGGCUGGAGUUAGAACAGCCAUCCUAAAGCCAGGAUGACCCUGGCAAAGGGUCAUUCAGAGCAAAUCAACAAGAUAGCUGGCACUGUAGGGAAUACUGCUAGUCCUGAGCUGAUGCCUCUGCACUUGGAGGUAAGGAGCCUACAAUGGUAAGCCAGCCACUGUUGCCUCACAUUUGAGCAAGAUCCCAGCCUCACUUUUCGGCUAGUUUUGCUGGCAAUAAAGCUGUUUGUCUUCUAUCA